AUGACCUCAACAGCUCGUCGCAUAGCGCUGGCCACGGCGGCAGACCACCCUGCUGCCGGCGGUGGAAGGAAGCAGUGUUGGGAAUGCCAGCGUCGUCGCGUGGUAUGCGACGCCGUUCGUCCCGUAUGCGGCAAGUGUAAGGCGACUGGCGUCGUAUGUCCCGGCUAUGAAGACAAGAAACCGUUGACGUGGCUGGCGCCCGGCAAGGUCAAGACUCGCACUUGGAAGCGGAAGAAGCCAGCCGCAAAGAAGGAAACAUCAAAGACGAAUUCCGAACAGGACAGCAGCCCUGAUUCUAACAGGGCCGUUGCGCGAGCUGGCUCGCAGAUGGUUCACAUCUUUCCCCCUUCCCCUGGAAUGGAACUUCGGUCGGAAGUGUGUGACAUUAUCGAGGCGACUUCGUACUGGAACGAGUCGGUCUACCCGUCUUUUGAAACGACCCAGUUGAUGAAGAGCCCGUGGAUCAUACCGGUGCGGUUCAUCCACUACAUGCCUGCCGCCACGCGGCACGCUCUGGUGUCCAUGGCCAUUGAGCACCGCAUGCUGCGUCUGUCACAAAAGAAAACCGACCCCUUCGUCAUGGAAAUCCGAGCGCGGUUCCACCACCAUCGAUGCUUGGCGAUACAAGCUCUCAACGAAGACGUUUGCAACGACGCGACGCGCGGAACGGACAUGACUAUGGCCAGUGUUAUGGUCUUCCUAUACGCAGAUCUGAUGGGAUCGGCAACCGCGUCCAACUGGCGACACCACCUGAACGGCUACAAAAGUCUAGUCGACAUUCGAGGCGGGUUCGAGAGCGUGUACCGCCUGACACCUUACAUGGCGCCCAUGCUGCUUUUCCCGAAAAUCGUCGAAACUUUUGCAAACUCAACGAGUCCUGCAGACGACCAAUCAGAACCAAAUCACAGCUAUGAUAAUAUCGACUUGAUAGGAGAGCUUUAUCAGUCAGGCUACUACCCGUUCCUACCAUGCCCCGUUGAUUUGUUCACCGACAUCAUUCGCAUCAAUUACCUCCGCUACCUGAUAGCGACCGACAGCCUUCCCGAAGACAUGGGAACCCCACAGUCUGCUUCGGAAGACUUGAUAGAAGGCAUCAUUGAGUUCUCGCCUGAGACGUGGGCCGAGACAAGAGAGGCCGAUAUAAGGGAAGAGCUGCUGCUCAUGGCCCAAGCUUACCAGUCUGCAAUUGCACUGUACGCCAUAUCAUCACUCCAAGGCCUUAGAGCGCUACCUUCGUCGGCGGGAUGGAGAGCUGUGAGAACCAUCCACUACGGACGGCUCAUUUCACUCCUUGAGAAAGCGGCGGAGGCGCCGCUGAUGAAGAACUGUGUAGAAUGGCCACUCAUUGUUGCUGGCUUCGAGGCGUCUACAGGGAGUGCGACCGGGAGGGUGAUGGUAGUGAAACAGCUGGUUUCGAUGAGCCAAGACUGGGGUACCUACCUUCCUUUGGCAGCCGUGGGAGUGUUGGAGAAGUUUUGGUCCUCUGGGAAGCGGACCUGGGAUGACUGUUUUGAUGAGCCAUAUGCGCUUUUCGCUUAG